UGCAAAAUCAUCCCAUUCUUCAACGACCUGCAGAUAAUAAUCUGUCAGUUAUAUAAUGAAUUUCUGAUGAUUUUGUGAACAUUUUGUGAAAAAAAGGCUAGCCCACCUGUCGGUUACAUAAGGGAAUCAAUCAUUAAAUAGUGUGGGACUUGCUCCAGAGAUGCUGAAAAGAUAACUGACCAAUAAAACUAGGUCCUGGAUAUGGUACUCAUUGUACUGUAAAUAGGCCCGACUAGACAACCCCCUAGCCAGGACUCACCUCAGGCUUUAGCUUAUUGGAAAGAAAUAGCCAAUGAACUGUUAUCAUUACAGCAGGUCAUAAAGUCAGUGCAUUUUUGAUUGAUUUCAUGCCAUUCGUUUCACAUGAUACUGAUGGAUGUGGUUGAAGUGGUAAGACGUGAAAAGGUCAAUCAAUAGGUCAAUCAAUUUUCAUUGGCCUGCUUAACGUGUUCUUGCUACUAUCUUUGCCAAGAGACGUACAGUCCUGGAGUGGAAAAACGUUCACCCACCAUCACAGAAACAUCCUGUUUCAGGGGCUAGCUUAUCACUCCAGAGCAGAGCACUUCUGUUUACCGGUUUUGGCAACAGGAGCUCCAUGGCGGGGUGUAGGCUAAAGGUCAGGGAGCUUGCCUGUAACGUCCACUUGAAGGCAAACAAAUGCCCCAACCUUGAAUAAAAGUCUGGUGGGAACAGACAGACUAGCUGACAGUCCUGGAGCUCCAGAGGAGCUCUACCAGCUUUGGUGCACCUUCCCUGGGGGCUGAUCUGGAUCCACACCGCAGUCAUGGAUCUUUUCCACAGCUGGGGGGUGGAGGUGGCCAUCCAUCUGCAGACCCAGUAUGGGCAUUAUGAGGGCUGGUUUAGCCUCUACAGUGGCAGACCUGCAUACCACCUUCUUCUAUUUCUUCCCAGUCUGGUUCCAUCUGUGCAGGGACGUGGGGGUCAAGCUCAUCUGGGUGGCUGUCAUCGGGGACUGGCUCAACCUGGUCCGGAAGUGGGUUCUAUUUGGAGAGAGACCCUAUUGGUGGGUCCAUGAUACCCACUUCCAUGGGACAGAUCCAGCCCCUGCCUUAAAACAAUUCCCAAUCACCUGUGAAACUGGACCAGGUCGGCAAUCAGGGCUCUUGCAGGUGGGGCUGUGGAUGCUGCUGUGUACGGUGGAGCUGCUGGUGUGCAUGUCCAGAGUCUACAUGGCUGCCCACUUCCCCCACCAGGUCAUCAGUGGGGUCAUCACAGGCAUCAUGGUGGCUGAGGUCUUCUCCAGAGUGCAGUGGAUCUACGGAGCCAGUCUGAAGAAGUACUUCUACACCACCAUCUUCCUGCUCUCCUUCGCUGUGGGCUUCUACGUGCUGCUGAAAGCUCUGGGCGUAGACCUGCUGUGGACCCUGGAGAAAGCCCAGAAGUGGUGUGUGAGGCCUGAGUGGGUCCACAUGGACUCCACUCCCUUCAACGGCCUCCUACGCAACAUGAGCACCCUGUUUGGCCUGGGCCUGGGCGUGCACUCACCCCUCUACACUGAGAGCAAGAAGAACAGCAGCACCCCCUUCAGGGCGGGAUGUAUCACUGUCUCCUUAUUGCUGCUACAGAUCCUGGAUGGCAAGACGUUCUCCUCCAGGAACCAGGCAAUGUUCUACGUGUUGUCCUUCAGUAAGAGUGCUGCUGCCCUCUUCAUCCCCACAGCUCUGGUUCCCGGAGGACUCUCCUGGAUCUUCCCUGGUAAAAGUGGGGCGGCUAAGCUGAAAUUUUCAUAACAAUCGUUCACUUUGUGAUAAAAGCACCACAUUUGGCACAGGUAGGUUUACAAAAUGGCCACUGAAAGUAAAAUAAUUGUACAAUUCUGAAGGACUGUUUUGAUAUAAAUGCACCAAAUUUGGUACGGAGGUAGAAAAAUGUACACUGAAAUAAUUUCAGUUGCUUUGGCAACAAUCUUACAAAAUGGCCACCAAAGGUAACGCUAUUGUACAAACCAAAGACUAUGGUGGAAGUUGAGUGUAGUUGUCAUCUGGAGGUGUAAAUCUGUUGGACUAUCAGAAACUGUUUUGAUUUGACAAAUUAAUUGGCUUGCUAAGCUCAUUAGCAGAGAGUCGGAGUGGGUAUGGGAAGCAAGAACACCUCAAGAGCUUGGGACUAUAAGGUGCUAUCUGCAAAAAAAAUUAUUCUGAGAUAAUUGGCUUUAAAGUUCCGAACCCUCAU